UCCGAGGGUGGACGAAGACAAACGGCCGGAUCAUGGAGGAACGGCUUAUAGCUGCGGUGGCCGAUUAUCCUGAGCUGUACAACUCCACUUUGAGCUCGUACAAGGACGCAGAUAAAAAGGCGAAAGCGUGGAGAGCUGUCAGUUUGCAGGUGGAAUUACCUGAGGAGGAUUGUCGGAGGAAAUGGAAGAGCCUGAGGGACAUGUUCAUCAAAGACAAGCGGUCGGAGCAGCGGAGGAGAGCUUCGGGCGGCAUCCACCGCAGCUGGAAGUACAGCUGGCAGAUGGCAUUCCUCACGCCCUUCAUCCAGUCGCGGUCCAGCCACACCAGCACGGCCAUGGACGAGCUGGACGAGGAGCGGGACGAGGAGGAGAAGGACGAGGAGAAGAUGGAGAACAGCAACCCCAGCUUCGUCAUCCAUGAGAUCGAGGGCGAGCACAGCGAGAUGGACCCUCCCGCUGGCUGGCAGGGGCCGCGGCGGAAGCGCAGGUGGCAGGUGGACGGACUGGAGGGCGCGGAGGACGAGAUGUUCCUCCUCAGCCUCGUCCCGUACCUGAAGAGGCUGCCUUACGAGAAGAAGAGCGCCAUCAAGCUCAAGUUCCACCAGCUCCUCUACGAGGCGGAGUUUCAGUAGCUGACCUGUGCGGCUGACGCUCCUCCUCCAUUCAGCACACCCUUGUUAUAGCUGUUCGAACAGGACUCGGCCCUUUAGCAUGUUCCACCCUGGUGGUGAUACCAGAAAAGUCAGGACAGUCAAUCAAAAAAAAAAAAAAGCCAAACAGUUGGAGUGGAUUACUGUGGUUGCCUUUUUUUGAUGACCUGUAUGCAACACGCGUGGUGGACAUCGUCCUGCGUGUUGAUCCUUUUCCUAACUUUGAGCUUUGUUGCAUCGGGUAAUGCAUUUCUGCUGUGGUGGGCUUAGCGGGAUGCAGGGAGGGAAUUGGGACAUGGCUGGGGGGCAGGCCUGUUACUCCCUUUUUUCUGGCCAUGGGUGUUUCAGGAAUAAGCUUGUGAAGCUUUAAAAAAAAAAAGCUGUAUUGUUGCUUUUUUGUUUCAUGCACAGAGGAGUGAAGAGAAAAAAACAGUAGAGCACACAUAAAAUGGGCUAAAACUAUGUAAACAAAAAAGAGGUAAAUGAAUUAUUUUAGUAGCGCUCUGUAUUGCUCUCCCAGAUUUAAAGUUGCCAGACAUGGAAUUAGCUUAACUUGUAUAGGUUUUGUAAGCUUCUUAGGUUGAACAGACAUGAUAUCAGUGGAACGGCAGAUUUCCAGUUAAACUGAGACACUGAGGCCGUAAACAUGCCAAUUUUUAAUGUUUCAGAAUGUUGUGGCAUAACCAUAUGAUGUCUGUGGUAGCAUCAAAAUAUGGCAGUCAUUUGGUUUGGGAUCAUUGACAUGACAUUUGGAAAAGGUCACACAGAUUAAAAAGGCACCAGUGACCAGAACACACGCACAAAUCAGCAGCUCGGCGGCACUUUGUAUAAGCAGCGUCUAUGGCAAGGGUGUACUGUGUCUGAUUUUUAACAUUUUGGUUUGUUUUUAUGUGUAUGGAACUGUUUUUAGGUAGAGCUACUGUAGAAAGGUAGAUUGCACCCAACUUCGUAUACCUCAGAAAAAGUCACAGAGGUCAUUAAGCAUGAACGCUGGAGACUGAAUAAAUGACACUGCACCCCUCUCUGUGUACCUGAUACUGGAGAAUCCUUGCAAGUGGGUGCAUAACUCUGUGUUCAGGCUGAUUUGAUAAAUUAAUCUGCAAUUACAUGCCUGUGUUCAGAAUUCCUACCAACAGCCUUUAUUUGCAUUUCUCCUCUCACUUGCAUUUGACUGUUCAGUUACUUCCUGAAUUAACUCCUGGACUGACCAUUUUAUCUUUAUGAAAGAUUGUGUUUGUAAGUGAUUUUAUUGUUUAUCACUGUCAAACGUUUUGUUUGAAAGGCUAUAUGUAACACACAGUGUAGAAUACUUAACAGAGAGCGGCGUUUUGAUCUUUACCUUGUUUUUAUUUCUUACAUUAAAUGUGUCCAUGUGUUUCUCA